AUAGCUUUAUUUGUCAGGCGGGGGCAAGACUAACUUCACAUCUACAGGUAGAGAUGCCCAGGAAACAGUAAAAUCUGUCACGUAUUUUCAUUUAGUGCUAUAAUGACAAUGGAUGAAACUAUGCCUUUGGAAUAAAGAGGGAUUUUACUGAGCACUGGGGAACACUAUUUUCUGCUAAUACUGAUAGCCGGGGGCCUUCUGGAAAACCGAAUUAGAUGUUGUAGAAGCGACAUCACAACCGGAUAACAGAUUUGUUGCAAAUUCAAGGAGUCUGACGCAGUAGCCUACAAUAUUUUACAACAAUUUGAAAGAAACAACAUAAGACGUAACAAUGGCUAUGCAUUUAUAUCAAGUUAGUAGUAUGCUAAUAGAAAAUACAGUCGGGAAAAUGAGUGACAACUUGACAUCAGUGGUCCUUGCAGUGUCUGUGAUCACCCUAACGUUGGGAUAUAUUUCUAAACUGGUGCUCAAACAGUCACAGUCUUCUUCAGAAGAACACAAGAAAUACCCACCAUACAUACCUUCUAGCAUUCCAUUUCUGGGUCAUGCCAUAGCAUUUGGGAAAAGUCCCAUUGAAUUUCUGGAGAAUGCAUAUGAAAAGUAUGGGCCUGUUGUCAGCUUUACCAUGGUGGGCAAAACCUUUACCUACCUUCUGGGUAGUGAGGCAGCCACACUGAUGUUUAACAGCAAGAACGAAGAUCUCAAUGCAGAGGAUGUCUAUUCCCGAUUGACCACGCCAGUUUUUGGUAAAGGGGUUGCCUACGAUGUACCUAACCAUAUCUUCCUGGAACAGAAGAAGAUGUUUAAGACAGGACUGAACAUCGCCCAUUUCAAACAGCACGUUGAAAUCAUAGAGGAGGAAACGAAGGAGUACUUUUCACGAUGGGGAGACAGUGGGGAACAAAACCUGUUUGAGGCCCUGUCGGAGCUGAUAAUCCUGACGGCCAGUGCCUGUCUGCAUGGGAAGGAGAUCCGCAGCAUGUUGGACGAGAAGGUGGCCCAGCUCUACGCAGACCUGGACGGGGGUCACCACGCUGGCUGGCUACUGCCCGGCUGGCUGCCCCUGCCCAGUUUCAGACGAAGGGACAGAGCACACAAGGAGAUCAAGAACAUCUUCUACAAGGUCACCCAGAAACGCAGAAGCUCUGAGAGAGAAGUGGACGAUAUGCUGCAGACCCUCAUAGAUGCCACCUACAAAGAUGGGCGGCCCCUAAAUGAUGAUGAGAUAGCGGGCAUGCUGAUUGGUCUACUCCUGGCCGGACAGCACACAUCUUCCACUACUAGUUCCUGGUUGGGCUUCUUCCUUGGCAAAGAUAAGGCCCUACAGGACCGCUGCUAUGCUGAACAGAAAACUGCAUGUGGAGAAGACUUGCCCCCACUCAACUUUGACCAGCUGAAGGACCUACUGUUGGACCGCUGUUUGAAAGAGACCCUCCGACUCCGUCCACCCAUCAUGACCAUGAUGAGAAUGGCACGCUCUCCUCAGACUGUAGCAGGCUACACCAUCCCAGCUGGCCACCAGGUGUGUGUGUCCCCGACAGUCAACCACCGUCUGCAGGACACCUGGACAGAGAGGAUGGAGUUUAGGCCUGACCGCUACCUUAACGACAACCCUGCUGCAGGGGAGAAAUUUGCCUAUGUGCCCUUUGGUGCAGGCCGUCACCGCUGCAUCGGAGAGAACUUUGCCUACGUUCAGAUCAAGACCAUCUGGUCUACCAUGCUACGCCUUUACGAGUUCAACCUGGUCGAUGGUUACUUCCCCACAAUCAACUACACAACCAUGAUCCACACCCCGCACAACCCCGUCAUCAGAUACAAGAGGAGACAACACUAAGAGACACUGAGCGCAAAACACAGCAGCGAAAAGAGCAAGGCUUUGUCCAAAAUGGUUUCCUAUUCUAUAUUGUACUACUUUUGGCCAUAGCCUCAUAGGGCUGGCUCCCUCAUAAGGCUCUGGCCAAAAGUAGUGCACUAUAUAGGAAAUAGGGAGCCAUUUCAGAUUUGCCCCAACAAACAACCUUACCUUUAACGGUUUUAUUUAGAGAACAUUCUUGUACUUGCAUUUAGGAACUGUUCAAAUUAACGCAAAGAGUUCUGUCUGAAAAUCUAAUUCACUUUACUUUUUGUUGCCCCCACCUUAUGUUUGCUGUGUUUUUAUUUGCUAGAAUGUAUUGUAAGCCACAGGAGGCUGGUGAGGGGAGGACGGCUCAUAGUAAU